AUGACCCAGCCACCACCGGCCUUUCAUCUCACCGAGCUUGACCACAAGCUGCUGGCCAUGAGCGACGCGGACUUUGUGCCGCACGACUGGGACGAGCUAAAGGACAUCAUCGCACGAGACGACCUCGGCGCACUGAAGAGGCGGCCCUCCGAUCUGCGCCGAUACCUGGCCUGGUCGCGGGACACCAAGGCGCGCUACGGCACCGUGAUGGAAUACAUCUGCCAGCGCCGGCUACACUGGCAGUCCGCGCCGACCUCACCCGCGGGCUCAGAAUCGGACGGGUCUAGCAGUGCCGCCACGCCCACUGCAGCUCCAGCGGGGACAGUCUUCGCCUUCAAGAACCCGGUCCCUUUUGCCGAUCCGGAGGAUUACAGGAUCCUUCGCAACGACUGGCCCUACGGUCUCAGUCCUGGCAUUUCGCACUUGGUCGUCUGGCUGCGCACGCCUAUUGCGGUCAAGUCGUCUGAGGGCCAUUUGACGGAUGAGUCGCGGGCACUGAUCGUGGCCUUUGUGCAGAAGAAAUUCGUGGCCCGCCUGGCCCAGGACCCCGAGCGGUUCCCAGACCCGCAGUCCCAUGUGAUGUGGUUUAAGAAUUGGGUUGGCCUCCAGAGCGUCAGGGCGUUGGAACAUGUCCACAUCCUGGUGCGCGAUGUGCCAGAGGAGAUCCUCUUGGAAUGGUCCGGGGAGUCGGCCCCGGAGCCAUAA